UAUCUAUGUUUGUGUUUUUAUAUACCUUAAAGAGGUUAUGGCAAUAAAAAUCGAGACUUGUUAUUUUAAUAACUGUUGAUACGAAAGAGUUAGUAUAUUACCUUUGAAGAGUUAAUUGUUGACAAACAUAUAGAUUUUAAAUCGUUAAAUUCACCUGACCUCUAUGCCUCUCACCGAGGUGGGACCAGUCGUGGCCUGCUAGUAGGCGGCUGUUCCACGUGUCGCAGGACGCUGGGAUGUUGUGGAUGUGGAAAUGACCGAGUAUAACAGCAGGCACUUGAAGCGAAUUGAAAGGAAGCGCAAGAAAAUGGCAGCGUACUUGGCAGUCGCUGCUUUCAACGACCAGGAAAGGAAGUCCACGAGGAAGGAGCAGAAGCGUGCUGUGUCUGCGGAGAUGCCCGAGGAAGGCCAGUCUGCCGGCUCCAAGAAGCCUAAAGCCGGUGAUGGUGAAGCAUCUAAUGAAGUGGAUGACUGUGAUCCUCAUCUGAAGUGGAUCGAGUGCGAGCCCACGCCUGAAGUGGAGGGUCCAGAAGCGGUCGCAGAGUUUCAGAGACUGAAGAAGUUAUUGAACGCCAGGAAGCAGCUUCGGGGGGGCCCCUCGUUCCGCCUGAACGCGGUGGGCAACGAGGCCUGCCUCACCUCGGCCAGCAGGGUGCCCCUGUUGACGGCAGAUGUCCGCAACCUGCUCAUGUUCACGCUGCUCGGCUUGCACUCCCCGUACUCCCCAAGGUGGUGCGUGCUGGAGAAAAGCCGGCACGUUACACAUGCAGUCGCACUCGUCAUCGAAGGCCUGACCCUCUACGACUUCUUUGCAAACGAGAGCUUGUUUCCCAACGUGUGUGCCAAGUUUCCGAAUCGCGUUGAGGUGGUCGUCCCGUCUCAGUACAGCGGCAACCUGGUGCGGGAGCUGGCGAUCGUGCCGCUGGCCACCGUGUUCAGGAAGGAGCUCAUCGCAGAGUACGGCAACUUGGCGGCGGCGGAGAAGGAGCUGUGCUACGGCUUCCCGGAGGCGAGGGCCAUGUUCCCGGUGGCGGGGGGCGAGGAGGCGGUGUGCGACGCCCUGCCGCCCGCCGACAGCUUCCCCCGCACCAAGCUGCUGCUGUCCGCGGUGCAGCUGCUGGAGGAGAACUACCCGCUCCCGCUGCGCGGUGAGAUGAGCGACAUGUACUCCCACUACGUCCUGUCCAAGGACAGGUACAAGGAGGUGACCCCGCUCUCGCCGAUGUUCGCCCUGGACUGCGAGAUGUGUCGCACCGACACCAAACAGCUGGAGCUCACCCGGAUAUCCGUCGUCAACGAGAAGCUGGAGGUGGUGUACGACACGCUGGUGAAGCCGCACAACAGGAUCACGGACUACCUGACCAGGUACUCGGGCGUGACGGCCAAGAUGCUGGCGGACGUGACGGUGCGGCUGGCGGACGUGCAGCAGAAGCUGCGAGAGAUCCUCCCACCGGACGCCAUCCUCGUGGGCCAGUCCCUCAACAUGGACCUGCACACCCUCAAGAUGAUGCACCCGUACAUCAUAGACACUAGCAUCAUCUUCAACGUGUCGGGCUGUCGCAGCAGCAAGUCGAAGCUGGCUGCGCUGGCCUACAAGUUCCUGAACCGCAGCAUCCAGACCAGCCGGAAGGGCCACAGCCCCGUGGAGGACAGCUGCGCCAGCAUGGAGCUCGUGCAGAAGAAGCUGUCCGAGAGUGUGACAUAUGGUGACCAGAUUUUGUCUCGCAGAAUGACAGUCCCUGAAGCUCAGACAUCACAGACUAUUGCUGAUGUCAUUAUGAACAAGUUGGAGAAGAAAAAAAUGGUGGUGGUGGUGGCGACGGAGGCGGUGGCCCGGGAGUACCGCAGCAUCCUGGCGGGGAAUGCCCUGGGCCGGGACUGCAGCUCGGCGGUGCGCUGCGUGCCGGCCGGCUCGGGCGAGGAGGUGGUGUCCCGGGCGUGCGAGGUGGCGCUGGAGCACGCCCUCACCAUCGCCCAGCUGAGCGUGCCGCGGGCGGACCAGGCGGCGCUCCGGGCCGUGGACGAGUGGUGCGGGCAGGUGCACCGCCACGUGGCGCCCCGCGGGCUGUGCCUGGUGCUGCUGGGCGGGCGGCCGGCGCAGGCCAGCGGCGCCUGCUUCGUGGCGCUCAAGGGGCCGUGCUGACCCCCUCCAGCAACAACUCUCGUGAACAUCAACACUUCGCAGUGACAGUUUAACUUUGUACAUAGUUGUGUUGAAGAAUGGGUUUUCAUAUAUUUUUAUCGCCUGAAAAACACACAUAAUGCAAUUUGCAUUUCAGUAUUUUGGAAAACCAUGCCAUUUUGAAAUAAAUGGGUUGCUGUGUGUCUAUUAUAUUUUUACACAGCAAACAAUCUUCAAUAAUUAAAUCCAUUGAAUUGGGUUUAAAAAAAAAAACUGUUUUUCCAAAGUAAACAAACUUCCAAAAGGAGUAUUUGAACAUAAUAUCAUUCUGAGGUAAAAAAAAAAAAAAAACAAUUGUAAAAACACUAUCUUUACCAGAUUAUUAUCAGAAGUACCAUUUCAACUUUAUUCAGUAUGUAAUUACCAAAGAAAAACUUCAGCAACUGCUCAAGCUCAACUCUACUAUGAACUCCACAAAAAUAUCAAGGUGUGAACUCAACUCGACUGCCUGAAAUAUGUAUAUUAGGUAGGUCUGAGCGAAUAUCAGUUUUUUGGUUAAAAUUGAAUACAUACAAAUACCAAAUUAUUAGUGAACAUGAAUACCGAAUUUGAAUAGUAAAAAUACCACUAAAAAUGUUUUUUCACAUCAUGUAACAACUUCUGAAAAAUAUACAACAAAUAUUAUACACUGAAAGGUUGGUUAGGUUAAGUCAGCUACAAUAAUGAAAUAAAAUAUUGAUUAUGCAGCUAAUCUAUCUUAACCUAACCUAUUGAAGCAUCCUAUUACGUAUUCAGUUCUGAUUUGCCUUAUUUCACAGAACCCACUACUAUACAUGUUGAUCCAGAGAAUAUCUUUGUGAACUGCAAAAUUAGGUAAAAUCCAAUGCUGUAUUUACAAAUAAAAUGAGUUCAUAUUUAGUUAUUAACAUCUGUAUUUAAAUCCUAGUUAUCCAGGGGUUUACAUUGUUUACACAGUCAAAUAAAUUAUUUUUUGGUUCAGCAAUAUUAUACACACAAUUUCUGCCCUUUUCAUCUGAAAUAUUAAACUAUUAUUUACAAUUUUUUUUAUAUAGGUUUUUGAGUCUCAAAUUCUUAAUGUCUGUUUCGUCAUUGAUACAUACAGCAAGGAACCUUCUACUGUGUCAUAUGAUGUUAUAUUGAUUGUAGAUAUUGAUUUAUACGCUGUUGAAGCUAUGAUGUUUACUUCUUUUAAUGACUACCACAAUGCAGUGUCCAUGUUUUUUGGUGUUUAUAGGCCAUAGUUGUUUAUUCCCUUCCCCCCCCCCCCCCCAACUUCUGGUGCAUGAGACCAUUAUAUUUGGUGUGACAAAAUGAAUACAAAUAUUUUUUUUUCAAGUUUGAAAUGAUAAAUAUAGUGUUUUAUGAAUCUAGCACAUGAUUUUUCCUUACUGUUUAGUGAGACAGUAGUGAAAAAACCUUUGAAUACUUAUUGCAUGUUUAAAACAUAGCUUAUUGUUCAUGUUUUUGGGUUUUUAAGUCCCAUUAAAACAUCAAUAAGGGUAUUCAUAUUGCACAAAUGACUUAAUCUCAACAGUGAAUAUUGGUAUACGAAAAACUCACGAGGAAUGCUAUGUUAAAUAUUCGUAAGCAAACAAAUAUUCAUUAUUUUGAAGUGUUAGUGUUUGAGGUCGAAUCGAAUACGAAUGGUUUAUUAUUUGUAUUUGUAUUCAAAAAUUUGAAUAUUCGCACAAGCCUAAUAUUAGGUUAUCUCUAGUAACUAUCUCUGCCUUCUGGGGUCCAACUGUCUUGCUAGGAAACAAAAUCAAUCAUAAGUGUAUAUAUUUGUUGCAUUCUUUCACAUUUUGGGUGUGUAAGUGGUUUUACCUUUUACCAUACCUCUUCCAUCAUGCUGAGUCUUUAGACUUAUGGCAAAUGAGUUUUUUUUAUUUUAAAUCUCAACUGUUAUAUUUAAAAAAAAAUUGUCAUUUUGUUCAAGUUAUCACAGCUGCAAUAUUUUAUCUCAAAUUACUGUGCAUUUAUUUUCAACUACGUGAAUAAAACCUGUUUGUGUUAUAUGUA